GCACCAGCUCGGUAGAAUAUAAUAUAACCAGACUUUCGCAUAGUCCGAUCAAUGCCAUAUCAUAAGAUUCAGAAAUCUCAGAGAACACAAAUCCCAUGGAGAAUGCGGCCGGGUCUCCUCACAGAGACACCAACCCAGUGGUUUUCUUUGAUGUGUCUUUAGGAGGUGAACCUCUAGGUCGGAUCAAGAUGGAGCUUUUUGCAAAUAUCACUCCGCGCACAGCAGAGAACUUUCGCCAGUUUUGCACCGGAGAGAAUAGAAAUGCCCAGGGACGACCCCAAGGAUACAAGAAUAGCAAAUUCCAUCGCGUGAUCAAAGAUUUCAUGAUCCAGGGAGGUGAUUUCAUCAAUGGCGAUGGGACUGGAACCUGUACCAUCUAUGGAACAUCGAAAUUCGCAGACGAAAACUUCACCCUAAAGCAUACGAAUGCAGGUAUGCUAAGCAUGGCGAAUUCUGGGCCAAACACAAACGGUUGCCAAUUUUUUAUAACUACUACCACUACUCCUUUCCUGGAUGGUAAGCAUGUUGUCUUUGGACAGGUGGUGGACGGAAUGGAUAUAGUACGGAUGAUUGAGAACACACGCACAACCAGAGACAAGCCCAACCAGGAAAUCUUUAUCACACAGUGCGGUGAGAUGUAAAUAAGUUUAGUUUACACUGAGUGGCUAUCCAUAGCUCUCAGAUACAUCAU